UUAACUCUGACAUUAUUCCCAUCACUAAUUCUUCAAAGACUUCAAGUCUUUUCGAUGAGGAGUUGUUCGACACUGAGACUACCAUCAAAAUACGCUCGUCAAAAACAGACCAUGGAAAAUACAUUCACUGUUAUGCAUUCAUGGACAGCAAGGUUGUUGGCCAAAACCUUUCUAAAUUAAGGGUUUACGGCCCACCAGAUGACGCUUAUAUCACCAUUCCAGCGGAUCUGCAAGAUGGUAUGGAAACAAAUGUAACAUGCAGAACAUCUAAUGGAUACCCAGCUCAUCUCAUUCAUUGGUACGUUGGGUCAAGAAACCUUACAGAUAAUUCAUCGCUGGAGUCUUCAUUGAAUAUAGCUGGUCGAUACGAUGCUGUAAGCACUCUGACUUUCGUACCGAAGAGGGUAUACCAUGGACAACGUCUUCUAUGCCAGGCAGUUCAACCUGAAACACCCUUCGGUCGGUCAUUGAAUGAUAGCAUGGUUCUGAACAUAUAUAAAUCAGAUGCCAACCCUCCUGCUUUCAAAGUCAAGUGGUUCUGUGACUGUACAGAGCUCCAAGGUUGCCACAAUACUUCGUUCAACGACACUCUGAUAGAAGGUGAUACUGUGAAUUCAGCCGAGCUAACGAUCGGAAAGCCCCGUUCAGGAGAUCAUUGUGAGUUCACAUGCGUCGCUAUUUCUACAUUUGGAGAGGGAACUGCAGUCUUAAGCUCAUCAUUUUACGCUCCACCAAAUGGAAUCAUUAUUACUACUGGAAGAGGCAACCGCUUCUACUGUAACAACCUCUCUAUCAUGUCUUUAACGGUAAUGGCUGAAGCACCAUAUAGCAUCACAUGUGAAGCAUCACAGGCAAGGCCUCCUGCACUACUACAAUGGCAUAUACCAGAUGACAUGGCCGUUAUUCAUCAGGAUCAGGCAGAUGUCAUUCAAUACGGGUCCUACAACUCCCACAAAGCUUUGACAAUCAUACCAUCCAGGAAUGACCAAGGAAAGAUUCUCAGCUGCAUCGCAUCACACCCUGAACUACAAAAUGACCUUCGGUGUUCAAUCAGUCUGAUGGUUCAAGUUUGGCCUAAGAAUGUGUUGCUCUUUUCAACUGGAAUUAACCAGUCCCAGUCAUACGAGAUCUACGUCCAAGAAGAUUCACCGACAUCGAUCACGUGUAAAAGUAUUGGAACCUUCCCCGCAGUUGAGCUAGCAUUGGAUCUUCUGUGUGACUCUGGCAUUAUUCCCAUCAAAAAUUCUUCGAGGACUCCAAAUCUCUUCGACCAGAAGCUGUUCGACACUGAGACUACCAUCAAAAUACGCCCGACGAAAACUGAUCACGGAAAAUACAUUCAAUGUUAUGCAUUCAUGGACAGCGAAGUUGUUGGCCAAAAUCUUUCCAAAUUAAGGGUUUACGGCCUACCAGAUGACGCUAAUAUUACCAUUCAUGCGGAUCUGCACGAUGGUAUGGAAACAAAUGUAACAUGCAGAACAUCUAAUGGAUACCCACCCCCUCUCAUUCAUUGGUAUAUUGGGUCAAGAAAUCUUACAGAUAAUUCAUCGCUGAAUUAUUCAUUAAAUUCUGCUGAUCGGUACGAUGGUGUAAGCACUCUGAUCUUCGUACCAAGGAGAUUUGACUAUGGGAAACGUCUUUUCUGCCAGGCAGUUCAACCUGAAACACCCUUAGGUCGCUCAUUGAAUUACAGCAUGGUUCUAAACAUAUCGUACGGCCCUUUUGCAUCCAUUACGUCUCGACGACUUAUCAGGAAAGGGAUACAUGUCGGUUAUGUGUUGAAAUGUACGUCUGAUGCCAACCCUCCUGCUUUCAAAAUCCAGUGGUUCUGUGACUGUACAGAGCUCCAAGACUGCCACAAUAAAACGGUCAACGGUACUAUGAUCGAAGGUGAAACUGUAACUUCAACUGAACUAGCAAUAGGAAACCCACUCUUAGAAGAUCACUGUGAGUUCAGAUGCAUCGCUAUUUCCACAGAUGGCUCUGGAACUGCAGUCUUAAACUCAUUUUACGUUGCGCCAAAUAGCGUCUUCAUCAAAGAUGGAAGAGGGACCAUGAACUGCGUUGACAACCUCUCUGUGCGAUUAACUGCCCAAAAACAAUUAGAGAUCACUUGUCAAGCAGGUCGGGCAAGACCUCCUCCAAUACUUGAAUGGCAACUACCAGAUACCACGAAUGGUUUUACAGCUGUUAUUGAUCACCAGUAUGAUGUCGUACAAGACGGAUCUUACAUCUCCCAAAGAUCUUUGAGAUUCACACCCUCCAGGAAUGACCAAGGAAAGAUUCUCAUCUGCGUUGCAUCACAUCCAGAACUAACAGAAAACCUUCAGUGCUCAGUUCAUCUAAUUUUUCAUGUUCCUCCCUCUGGGAUGAGGAUCUUUCUCGCUGGAAGUGGAAUGGAAUCUCUGCAAACAUUCCUAAACGUCAAUGAAGAUUUACCGACUACAAUCACUUGCAAAACCAUUGCCUCAUUCCCAGCGACUGAACUAUCGUGGAUAUUAAUUGGUACAAAUGGCAGUAAUCCUAUAAACGCAAACGUUUCAAAUACUCACAAUAUGUUAGAUGAUAAUUUAUUCGACACCGAGAGUACAAUCACAAUACACCCGGACAAGAUGGACCAUGGGAAUUUAAUUCAAUGCUAUAUAUCUCUGGACGGGGCCUUUGUCGAUAUACUUACAGCCACUUUAAGGGUCAUCGGACACCAUGCAUUUGAGGUGUCUAUCCAGACAGACUCUAUUCCAAUCAUUGGCGUAGAUUUCACCCUGGUCUGUUCGUUCACACCUGAAACAAGAUAUAAGCAAUUGGUGUGGAAAAAGGGUGAAAACAUCCAAGUGGCAUCGCAUUCUUGUUGGAGGUCCCUUUACUACUGUCCAGUGAAUUCUAUUCCAUUCCCAUUAAAAUUCAGCCUUAAAACCGACAAUUCCAGCGGAAAUUUAACUAUAAGAAACCUGAACGAGGACGAUAUCAGCGAUUACCGCUGUUCAUUAAGCAGUGGAGAGAUUUCAGGAUCCGCUAUCAAGCAAGUGAAGCCUCUUACACCAGGUAUGCUUUUCAUUGCCUGA